UUAUGCAACUGCUUCUACACCUAUCUGAUUCUGAUAUACAGUUCCACACAAUUGUGUAGAUAAUGGCAGCAUCUGCCACAGCGAGCGGAGGAGCUCGCAAGCUCUGCUACUCAAUGUGCCAAUACCGCCAUUUAGUCCCAACAGCAAAGAGAACCCAGUCAAAAGCACGAUUCCCAUCCGAGCUCUCGACCCUCAAAGAGAUGAAGAAACAGAGAACCCAAACAUCAAUGACAAAACCGGUGCUUUCACAUCCCAGUAAAAUUCUCAAGUCUAGUCUUGAAUGUAUAAGAAGAAUUAAAGAUUUGAGCAUAAAUAGACAGAAGAAGGGACCGUUGAUGCCAAGACUGGUUGAUUGCUCUGUCAUCCUAGCUUUAAAGCAGGAAGAUUGGGAUUUUUUUUGGAAAUUGGUAGCUGUUUCAGUUGUGGGUGCAGCAAUAAUCAAGUAUGGAAGUGUAGUUUUUCCAGAGAUAACCAGACCCAGCAUCGUACAGGCUCUAAUUAUGAUAUCAACUCCCGUCAUUGUAGCUGUUUUUCUUUUGAUCAAACAAAGUCGAGCAGAGAGCUGAAGCUAAGAACAGAAUCUUGUAUAUCAUAUCCUUCUAUUACAUGUUCUUUCUUGCAAGAGUGGAAUAACAUGACCCAUUUGCUAAUGUCAAUUGUCUAAAAGGAAAUGUCCCUGCAA